CUGAAACAUAGCAAAGUGUUCACCCAAGAAAAGAAUUCAUCCUGAUGAUAAUUGAUGUCUGCAACAAUCGUGUGCAGACAAGUGUUCACCCAUUCAUUGAUGUAAUUAUUACGCUGAAUCAAUCAAGCAAGACAAAACCCUCUUCAUCAUCACUUCAUCGAUCCUCUCCCCUUCCCUCACGUCGUAAUGAACGGGACCUGCCAGCAAUGAUUGUCCAUUUGCCAUCGCACCGAUUUUUUGAAGGAAAAAAAGCAUUUCAACUCUGGGACCCUGCCCGAUCACCCGACACCUUAUAAGCUCAUUCGCACCAAGCAAAUGAGCCUUCUGAUGCUCAUUCACACCAAUCCGAUGCUUCUCCUGCUCAACGUUGCUUCCUAGCUGGGUUUAGAUCUAAACAAACGGUUGCAGAAUUAUAUUCUCCGAUGGAGUCAUUAAUAGCACGAGCUCUGGAGUACACGCUGAAGUAUUGGCUCAAGUCUUUCAGUAGAGACCAGUUCAAGUUACAAGGCCGCACUGCACUGCUUUAUAAUCUAGAUAUAAAUGGAGAUGCUUUGCAUGCUAGUGUAGGACUACCUCCAGCACUGAAUGUUACCUCUGCGAAAGUGGGAAAGUUGGAGAUUAUUCUCCCAUCAGUAAGCAAUGUGCAAAUAGAGCCAAUAAUCAUCCAAAUUGAUAGGCUUGACAUUGUUCUGGAGGAAAACGACAAUGUUAAUAUACCCAAUAGCUUUAGCAGUGCAACAUCAUUCGCUAGCUCCACAAAGAGCAGUGGCUAUGGUUUAGCUGACAAGAUUGCAGAUGGAAUGACUCUAGAAGUGCACACAGUUAACCUUCUGCUUGAAACCCAUGGAGGUUCUCGACGCCGAGGAGGAGCAACUUGGGCAUCGCCUAUGGCAUCAAUUACUAUAAGAAACCUUCUGCUAUAUACAACAAACGAGAACUGGCAGGUUGUAAAUCUCAAGGAAGCCAGAGACUUUUCCAAUAACAAGAACUUUAUAUAUGUGUUCAAGAAGCUGAAGUGGGAAUAUCUGUCAAUUGACCUGUUACCACAUCCUGAUAUGUUCUCAGAUGCCUAUUUUGCAUCUUCCCAAGGUGGGUCUCAUAGGAAAGACGAAGACGGAGCAAGACGUGUGUUUUUUGGUGGAGAAAGAUUUGUUGAAGGAAUAUCAGGAGAGGCUAAUAUUACCAUUCAGCGGACUGAACUGAAUAAUCCAAUGGGCCUUGAGGUUCAAUUACACAUUACUGAAGCUGUUUGUCCCGCUCUGAGUGAGCCAGGACUAAGAGCUCUUCUCCGGUUCAUGACGGGCUUAUAUGUCUGCUUAAAUAGAGGAGAUGUGAAUCCAAAUGUUCAGCAGCAUUCUAGUGAAGCUGCUGGACGUUCUCUGGUAUCAAUUGUGGUGGACCACAUAUUUUUGUGUAUUAAGGAUACGGAUUUCCAGCUUGAACUGUUGAUGCAGUCACUAUUCUUUUCUCGGGCUAGUCUCAGCAAUGGUGAAAAUGCAAAAUAUUUGAGUAUAGUUAUGAUAGGCGGACUGUUUUUGAGGGACACAUUUUCACACCCACCAUGCACCUUAGUGCAGCCACUGAUGCUGGCGUCUUCAAACAAUGUAGUGGACAUUCCUGACUUUGCUAAAGAUUUUUUCCCUCCAAUAUAUCCUCUGGGAGAACGACAAUGGCAAUUAGGUUGCAACAUUCCUUUAAUAUCCAUCCAUUCUCUGCAGCUCAAGCCCACCCCUUGCCCACCUAUUUUUGCUUCUGAAACUGUCAUUCAUUGUCAUCCCCUCAAGAUCCAUCUGCAGGAAGAAUCCUGUUUGAGGAUAGCUUCCCUUCUAGCUGAUGGAAUUGUAGUCAAUCCUGGUGCAGUUUUACCUGAUUUUUCAAUCGGCUCCCUCAUGUUCAGUCUUAAAGGAUUGGAUAUCACAGUUCCAUUGGGCAUCGGGAAACACACUUACAAUGAAAUAGAUACCGUAACUUCUCAGGGUUUAUUUUCUGGGACCAGACUCCAUAUUGAAGACUUGUUCUUCUCCGAGUCACCUUUGCUAAAACUAAAGUUACUAAACCUCGAGAAGGACCCAGCAUGCUUUUGUCUUUGGAAAGGACAACCCGUUGAUGCUAGCCAGAAGAAAUUGAUGGCUGGUGCUUCACUCAUUAGUUUGUCUCUAGAAACCUGUAACUUAACCACAGCUCAAAGUACUUCAACACCGUCUUCAGGUUCAUGGAGUUGUGUUGAACUGAAAGAUUUCUGCAUGGAGGUCGCAAUGGCCACUGCAGAUGGAAGCCCUUUGACAAAUGUACCACCUCCCGGUGGUGUUAUCAGAGUAGGAGUUUCUUGUCAACAAUAUAUGUCCAACACUUCAGCUGACCAAUUAUUUUUUGUUCUGGACCUUUAUGCAUAUUUUGGGAGGGUCAGUGAAAGAAUAGCAACAAUUGCACAGAACAACCCUCUGAAGGAUAUUAGAAAUGACUCUUUGGGUGAGAUAUUGAAAGAAAAGGUUCCUGGUGAUACUGGUGUGUGUCUGACUGUGAAAAACCUGCAGCUAAGCUUUUUGGAGUCGUCGUUGAAUAAUAAUGGAAUGCCAUUGGUUCAUUUUUUGGGAAGUGAACUAUUCAUUAAAGUUACCCAUAGAACCUUGGGUGGUGCUGUUGCCAUCUCAUCCAGUUUAGUGUGGGAGAGUAUUCGGGUUGAUUGUGCAGACACUGCACCUAGCUGGAAAAAUGAAAAUGAGCUAGCCUUGACCGCAUACCCGACUGGUUCUGUAGAUCUGGAUGGAUAUCACCUUAGGGCUGUUUUUUGGGUGCAAAAUAGUAUGACCUAUCAAUCAAUUGGCAGUGUUAAGUCAGUUCCUCUCUUGGAUCUCAACAUGGUGCAAGUGAUACCAUUUAACACCCAAGAUUCGGAAUGUCAUACGAUAAAUAUCUCAGCUUGUAUUGCUGGAGUUCGACUUGGAGGAGGAAUGAAUUAUGCUGAAGCAUUGCUUCAUAAGUUUGGGAUUUUUGGACCAGAUGGAGGCCCAGGAGAAGCGCUUACUAAAGGACUAGAGCAUUUAUCUGCUGGACCUUUAUCCAAACUUUUCAAGUCAACGCCUCUCAUUGCAAAUGAGCUUAAAGAGCGUGGACGCAUAGACAAUGGAAAGGAUGUCAGUAUCCUGCAGUUUGGAGCACCCGAUGAUUUAGAUGUGUCAAUAGAGUUAAAAGAUUGGUUAUUCGCUCUAGAAGGUGCACAAGAGUCAGCUGACAGGUGGUGGUUCCAGAAUCAUGAAGACUCUUCUAGAGAAGAGAGGUGCUGGCAUGCUUCUUUCCACAGCAUCGGUGUUAAAGCAAAAGGCUGCCCUAAGCAAAAGGGGAUAGGAAAUGCCAGGCUUUGUGGAAAACUAAAACAUCCAGUGGAGUUGGUUACAGUUGGUGUGGAAGGGUUGCAGAUCUCAAAGCCACAAACUCAAAAGGUUACUAAACAAAGUGGUCUUCUGGAUAGAGUGCCCAAAGAAACUUCUGAGACCUAUGCCGGUAUAAACCUUGAAGUUGACCUAGUUAGCUCAGAAGAGAAGAUUGAUGAUGGAAUGGCAAAGUGGGUGGUGGAGAAUGUGAAAUUCUCAGUCAAACAACCGAUUGAGGCAAUUGUAAGAAAGGAUGAGCUACAAUACCUCACUUUCUUGUGCCAGUCCGAAAUUGAUUCUAUGGGCCGGAUAACUGCUGGAAUCCUACGGGUUCUUAAAUUAGAAAGUUCAGUUGGCCAAGCAGCAAUUAGUCAACUAAGCAAUUUAGGAAGUGAAGGUUUUGAAAGAAUAUUCACCCCGUGCUCCAAUACUGCCGGGCUUAGUCCACCCUCAAAUGGGACCUGUGGGAUCAGAAAUUCUCAUUUGGAUGCUACUGUAGCUUCUCUAGAAGAGUUGUUACUGGAAACACAGGCUAGCUGUGAAGCCCUUGGGGUCAAGCUACAUAGUUCAGAAUCUUCCACUGGGCAGCUUGAAAGUUUUAAACAAAUGUCUAAGAAACUGGAAAGUAUGCAGAAACUAUUGCUGCAAUUGAGGACCCAAAUUUAAUCUUUUUUUGUUUGUUAAAUAUUGUCUGCAAUUUUGUCCAGAUCACAUUUUUUGCUGGGAGUCAUCACGGAAACAGCCUCUUCACUCCCAGGGGUAGAGUUGAGGUCUGUGUACAUGAUACAUCUUGCCCUCUUCCGCCCCAUUAUAUAUAUUAUAUUCAAUACCAGAUGUAUAGAUGAAUUAAUAUGUUGGGGUGGACAUUGUCGUGUCCGGUCCUGGUUUCAAUCCCCCAGUUUGGUUGAAUAGUUUUUAUUAUAGUUUGGUUUUUCAUCUUUGGAUAUGAACUUUGAUGCUUAUUUGUAUUGGACUUAGCCAUCUCGUAAAUACCGAUGGAGAGUGGGUUUGACUAACAUAGUAACACCCAAUGCUGAACAGGCUUGCUAUUUAUGUAAUGAAAAAAAUUAUGUAUUGCUAAUAAAAGCUUAUGAACGUUGGACCUCAAA